CUCGGAGCUCGGCUGGCCACGCCUGAAGCGCGGGGUUGGACUGGGGCGCCGUUGUUGUAGUGACCGGGAGGCGCUGCCGCUCCGGGCGGACGGUUCCGGGCACCGCACGGUCCCCCUUCCUACCCCGACCCCUCCCUCCCCCCGGUUCCCACUGCGGGCAGGAGCCGGGAGCUGAGCGCUCCCCCAUGGCCUCCUCCCCGGAGGACCCGGUUCUGGAGCGUUACUUUAAGGGCCACAAAGCUGCGAUCACCUCCGUGGACUUUAGCCCCAACGGCAAACAACUUGCUACCGGUUCUUGGGAUACAUUUCUCAUGCUGUGGAGUUUCAGGCCACAAGCUAGAGCUUUCAGAUACGUGGGUCACAAGGACGUUGUCACCAGCGUGCAGUUUUCUCCACUUGGAAACUUACUGGCAUCAGCUUCACGAGACAGGACCAUUAGACUCUGGAUCCCUGAUAAGAGAGGGAAAUCCUCUGAAUUUAAAGCUCACACAGCCCCAGUUCGAAGCGUGGACUUUUCAGCUGAUGGCCAGUUUCUUGCUACAGCUUCUGAAGACAAAUCUAUCAAAGUAUGGAACAUGUAUCGCCAGCGCUUCUUAUAUUCCUUGUACCGACACACACACUGGGUUCGCUGUGCCAAGUUUUCACCUGAUGGCAGGCUAAUUGUAUCAUGCAGUGAGGAUAAAACUAUUAAAAUCUGGGAUACCACAAAUAAGCAGUGUGUCAACAACUUCUCAGAUUUCGUAGGGUUUGCAAAUUUUGUGGCUUUUAACCCUAAUGGUACAUGCAUAGCUUCAGCAGGUUCUGACCAUACUGUGAAAAUCUGGGAUAUAAGAGUGAACAAGUUACUCCAGCAUUAUCAAGUUCACAGCGGUGGAGUUAAUUGUCUGUCGUUCCAUCCUUCGGGUAACUAUCUCAUCACUGCUUCUUCAGAUGGUACGCUGAAGAUCCUGGACCUCUUAGAAGGAAGGCUUAUAUACACACUUCAAGGACAUACGGGGCCUGUCUUCACUGUUUCAUUUUCAAAAGGUGGAGAGCUGUUUACAUCAGGAGGUGCAGAUGCACAGGUCUUAUUAUGGAGGACUAACUUUGAUGAACUGAAUUAUAAAGAUAUUAGUAAAAGAAACCUCAAAAGACUGCACUUUGAUUCACCGCCACAUCUUCUUGAUAUCUACCCAAGGACACCACAUCCGCAUGAGGGAAGAAUUGAAACUGUUGAAAUUAAUCCAAAGCUUGAUGUAAUCGAUUUGCAGACCUCUACUCCCCCUGUUGUGGACAUCCUUUCUUUUGAUUCUACCACAACAACAGAAACCACUGUUAGAACUCUACCAGACAAGGGUGAAGAGAUCUGCAGAUAUUUCUUGAAUCCUUCUUUAAUGUCAUCAGAAUGUUCACCUACAAUCUUGAAAAAGAAAACAGAAGACAUAAGCGACCUCCCUUCUGAGAAUCAAAGAAGCAUACCGCUUGCUGUAACCGACGCGUUAGAGCAUAUUAUGGAACAGCUCAAUGUUUUGACACAGACUGUUUCAAUUUUGGAGCAGCGACUGACUUUGACAGAGGAUAAGCUGAAAGACUGCCUUGAAAAUCAGCAAAAGCUUUUCAAUAUGAUCCAACAGAAAAUUUGAACAGAAAAAUAUGAGCAGAAGCAUGAGAAAUAAACACAUGUACAUAUACUCAGGAAGGUAGUACCAGAUGCUUCAUGCAAUGCAACCAUGUGCUAAUUGUCAUGGCAUUUCUUAAAAGGGUGAGCAAAAGAACAAAAGGCAGAAAAGGCAUAAUUAAGGACCAGUUUAAACAUACCAAUCAAUGUCUAGGACUAAUUCAAAUCAUCACUAUUUAUGGUUCCAGUAAUAAAGUGAUAAGCAUUCAAGUGGCUCUAUAUCCACCCCCCCCCCCAUAUUAUUUUUAAAUGUCAGUUUUCGUUAAUAGCUCAAGUCUUGCCAGGAAAAUAACCAAAUCUUUGGAUUUCAUUGUUAUUUCAAAUUGACCGUAUUCGGGCAAUUCCUUCAACAAUUAGUGUACUUCUUUAGUGAACAGUACCCAUAGGGUGAAACAAUUCACUUACCUCUAAAAUGGCAUUUUAUGUGCAGAGAAUGAAUUAAUGAUCUGACUUGUAUUUCUCAGUUAAAAAAAUUUACUCUUUCUUACCUAUGCCAUUUGAUGAAAAGAUGAUCUCACAAACUCUCAAACCACAGAAUUUCCACAGCAAGAAUACACUUAUUUUAAUUAGCAACAGCACAUACAGGACAUAUGGCAGGGAUUUUGAUUUAAUUUAUGGCAUACAUUGCUUAUUCUUUGUCCAACCUGGAAGAAAAUGAAGAGUUAGAAAUAUGUGAAGUACACGUAUCUUCUUCUGUAGAUGAAGGCACUGAAUGUUUUCAGUUAUAUCCAAACUUGUGAUAUCAGUUUAUGAGGAUUAAAUUAGUGCAGAAUCCUCAAAACCCAGAACCAUGCAACAGCAGCACUUAAAAAUAUACACACAUGUGUGUUCACAUGCUUCAUGUUUAGGGUGAUUUUGGUACCUGGAUAUAAGGACUUUAAAAGAAUAUUUAUUUGCAUCAUUGUCUACCUCCUUCUUUUAAUUGUGAUUUGAAACAAAAUGAAAAUGAGUAAAACAUUCUAAAUGAUCUUGGUUAUAAUUUAAGGAUUUUAUCUUAAACAAAAUAGGAGAUUAAAUUGGAAAAAAAAAUGAAUUUAGCUUGCAUUUCUGUUAACCUAUAUCAAAACCAGAAGGUGGGAGAAGACAGUCCACAUUUAUGAUGCCUGCAGGCAUACCAUGGGGAAAAUACUAUGUUUUGGAAAAGAAAAAUGUCCUAUUUCCGUACGGGUCUAUAUUGAGAAAUUUCUCAAAGUGAUUUCAGUUGUAUUUAUAAGGUGGUUUUGUUUUAUCAUCUCGUGUAUUUUAAGUGCCUUUUUAUACAAUACUAAGUAGGAACUUCUAGACCAUUUCAAGAGUUUGUAAGACUAAGUGGCAUUGUAUUUUUUAUAACCUCAUUGAGAAGACUAAGAAAUGAAAUGUCAUACCAAUUUUUGUUUACUUUUUUAUUCUUCAAACAAUAAAGACAUUUUGCCUUUAAAAAAA